AUGGCGUCUACUAGGAAACGAAAUAAAUCUACAAGAAGUGACAAAUCCUCUAUUUUAAAAGGGAGGGAAGAGAUACAUGAAGCAAAAUCUUCAGUAAUAUCUCCCGAAUGCCAGAUUUACUUAACUCUUGGAGGAGCCUUCCUGUUCAGUUGCCUGUGUACUGCCCUGAUAUGGUAUGUGUUCCUUAGAGAAAGAGGGAUAGAACUUGAGAAUCCUUUGCCCGGUCGAUAUCACUACCUCACUAGUGAUAUUGAUCAAUUGGGUGAGUGGGCGUUUGGUGAUGUAGAACCAAUCGACGAGUUAUUAUCACCUAAUCCGUCUCGAUCCUCAAUCAACGUAUGGAUUGGACAGCCUAAUGUCAUUGCUCACACACACUAUGAUGGGUAUCAUAAUUUCUAUGCACAGCUCUAUGGGACAAAGAAAUUCACUUUACUCCGCCCGACACAAUGGCCUGGCUUGUAUCCUUAUCCUUUCCUUCAUCCAAGCCACGCUCAAGCUCAGGUCAAUCUCUCAAGGCUGGAGGAUGCUAAGGAGUUCCCACUGAGCUCAAGGUUAGAGGUGUAUGAGGUAACACUGGAACCUGGUGACCUCCUCUAUAUGCCGCCAUUGUGGUUUCAUUAUGUGGAGUCUCUCUCCAUCAGUAUAUCAGUUAAUGUGUGGACUGACUCGGAGCAAAGCAUACUAAUGGAGAAAGCUUUUGGUCUGCCACUGCCUCUAGAUCAGGUCAAGUGGCAUGGAGAGCACUUGAGAGCCAUUGCCGGUUCCAUGUUGACUGUGAGCCUUGUUGAUCGGGUCUGUAAAGCAAGAGAGUGUCCAUUGACUGACAAGUAUAACAUAAAUGAAACAGAGUUUAAAAAUGGAGGACAGUAUUUCAUGUUCAAGCUAUGGCAAGGAAGGUAUAGCAAACUGAUGAAAAGGAACGAAAUUCAUUCGAGUUUCUCGUCAAAGAAUGGCCGGAGGAACUCGCUCCUUUGUGAAAACAGUGCCCUGCCUUCAUUGUUCUUUCAGGGAAUAUCACAGAAUUUGUACAAGGCUCCAGUUGAAGAAUAUUUGACCAAGAUAACACGAUUGAUGAUGAAGCUGCCUCGUGACUCGUGGGAGCUGUGGUUUGGUAAUUAUGUUGAGUUUGUUGCUGCACAGUCCGUGGAUCUAUUGGAUGUUGGACUCUUUUUAAAACAUUACGACAGCUGUAGCAUGCAUUUUCCAAAAUAAUAUACAACUUACUUUUUAUUUGCAUAUUAUUAUUUGCUCUUGUGAGUUCUUUUUAGCAAAGAAAAA